GAUUUACCCUGGACCAUAGAGCCCUGGACCCGAAACACAUUUCGAAAAUAACGUCUCCAAAAGGAUCGUGAGACACCCUUCCAAAAGGAACGGUCUGGAGGAAACUAUUUUACUCACACGGACUGUUUAGAGCGACGCACUCUUGUUUAUUUUUUGUCGGUUAAUAAGCAAAGCGCGGAUUCGUAAGUAAUAUGUUCCCACCUAGCUAGAAAUGUGAUUACAGACGUUCGCUUUGUGUGAUGUUUAUUCAUGAACACCGCGUUAUUAGAUUUUUUUGCUUCUGUCGAUACAUUGUUUAGUACUAAAUAAUGAACGACUGGAGUCCAGUGGCAAAGGUCUAUGACCCUCUCAAGGCGGGCAGCAUCGAUGGCACAGACGUGGAGCCACAUGAUCGGGCCGUCUGGAGGGCCAUGGUCGCCCGCUACAAACCUAACAAAGGUGUGGUGGGGGACCCGCUCCUCACCCUAUUCGUGGCCCGCUUGAACCCUCAAACAACGGAGGAGAAACUGAAUGAAGUGUUCUCCAAAUACGGGGACAUUCGCCGACUGCGCCUGGUGAGGGACAUAGUGACUGGGUUCUCGAAGGGCUACGCUUUCGUUGAAUACAAAGAGGAGAGGUCCGUAGUCCGAGCCAGACGAGAGGCCAACAAACUAGUAGUGGACCAAAGUGAGUUGUUUGUGGACUUCGAGCAGGAGAGGACUCUGAAAGGAUGGAUACCUCGCCGGCUGGGCGGAGGGCAGGGCGGCAAGAAGGAGUCAGGUCAGCUACGGUUUGGUGGGAAGGACAGACCCUUUCGCAAACCCAUCAACCUUCCGGUCACCCUGAGCCAAGAAUGGGGUGGUAGAGGCAGAGAGUGGGAGAGAGGAGGUGAGAGGAAUGAGCGCUACAGAGAGAAAGACAGAGAUGGGACUGUGUGGGGGAGUAGAGGAAGGAGAGAUGACCGAGACAGAGGGAGAGAGAGAGGUGGGGAAAUGGAGUACCACCGAGAUAGGCGGAAUAGGAGUUACGAGACCGAGUCGACGAGGGAGAGGGGGUCAACGAGGGAGAGGGGGUCAAGAGAAAGGGAUGACAGGAGACACAGUGAUGACAAGCACAGACACAGAGACAGGAGAUGAGGCAUACUGGGUUGCCCAGUGAUCCCUCUGACAUCUGGACUUCAUCUCUAAAAUCUGGAAGGAUCAUGCCACAUGUGGAAAGAGCAAAGGAUAGGCCUAAAAGAAUGGUCCGACAAUCUGGUUUCAUUGGUCUCUAUUUUGUAGCUGGUUGUGGGGUAGACAUUGUCGCACCCAUUUCUCUGCUGCGCCAUUUUGCUCCCCCAGCUCAGUUGGAUGGUUUUUUUUUAUCCUAUUGUCCUCACUUCUAUACAAAAUAUUUUUGUGAAAUAUUGGUUACCAUUUAAGCCAUGCUUUCUUUUUCUUCAUCAGAACAAAAAAACAUUUACCAUUAUGGGGAUCACAAUGUUUAUUUGAGUGGGGAUAUCUGAAUAAAAGGCAACACACUUUAUGAAAACAGUGAGAUGUAUCAUAUUUUAAAUCUUUACAAAUACAAAUGUACCAGGUUUG